AUGGUUUGGAGUGUGAAUGCUGGUAAGUGGAGGAUGUGCUCCUCCUUCCGAUGCCUGAUGGAAACGUGGAUUUUUGAGCCGUUAGCAUCCCUCUCCUCCCUAUUAUUCCUAGGAACUGCAUUAAGGACCAUUGUAGAAAAGAUCCCCUCCCCUAAGGAAGAUAAACUUGGGUUAACUGUCCAGUUGCAUCACUUAUAUUUGAUGCAGGAUCAGUGUCUGGAGGUGAGUGCCUGCAGUGUCCCCGUCUGGAGAAUGUGGUUGGCCGCUGCCUCAUGUGGCCACAGCCCCCUAGACUGGAGGUCACAGCAGGAUGUAGUCCUGACAAGGAUCCUGUUUCAUUCCUGCAUAAUGAAAGAGCCUUUGGAUUUAUUAGAAGUGGUUUUUCCUCCUGUAUUUUUAAAUUCUUAG